ACUGGCUUGUGAGUUGAGUUUUGUUUACCAAACAUUAAAUUAUUAUGACUAGUUAACUAUACUUACCUAUUACUUCAUUAUGGACACCGUCAAUUGAGUUUGCAUUCCGAGUUUGGGUGCAGUGGUGUACGCGUAUUUUUUGUUAUAUUUUUUAGAAAACAGUUUUGACUUUCAAUAUUAAUUUCAAAUUCGGUGACGAUUCAAUGUGAUAAUCUGCAACUAAAAGAAAAAAACACAACUCCUACAAUUUAAUAUUUGUUGAAAAUUUUUGAUAAUUUAGAUUUUUAUUGAACACUAUUUACAUUUUUUGAUUCCAUCAACUCCAUUGAAAUGUACGCCAGAAGUAAAACUCCCAGUAUGGGAACGCCGUCCGUGUACUCGAUACACGCCAGUCAUCUGACUAUUCGAUCUUCUAACCUGCGAUCAACACGUUCCAUGAAAUCUUUACGUGUGCCGUGGUAUCAACGUCCUAUAUUGAAAGAUGCUUACUUCCUUGAUACGCAGAGAGGUGCACUUGUCAUUGCCUUCUAUUCACUGUUUCUAAGUAUUUUUACUUUGGUGACAUCUGCGUUUGAUACAUACUGUCUGGCCAUGGCUGCUCCUGGAUCUACUCAUUAUGGUUACUAUGUCAUGAGCUAUCAGUUUGUAUAUGUUGGAAGCUCCUGGGUCAGAAAUUUAUUGGUCUUAUUCUCGUUGUUCUCAUUUGUCGUGGCAGCUGUUAUUUUUGUGACAAGUUUGAUUUUGAUAUCUGCAUUACGCAAGGAGCACGAGAAACGAAUUGUGCCUUGGUUAUUUUCGUUUGCUGCAUUUACAGUAUUUCGAUUAAUUGACUGGUUGUUUUCAUCAAUAGCCAACGAUCCUAUAUUUGGAUAUAAUUUUACUAUGAUUUUGCUGGGUGCAUUAUUCAAUGUCAUCAAUGUUUACGGUUGGAUACUUGUAUAUUCAUUGUAUUUGGAAUUAUUUGAUUUGACUAAGCUCGAAGAUUUAGCACAUUUGAGAAUUGGAACUAUGGCGUCACUAAAUGCAUCUACAACACAUUCUUUAGCUGGAUCUCGUCCUACUACUCCUCAUAGUACAGUUUCCACUGUUCCAGUAUAACAUGAUAUGAUAUUUUAUUGAUAAAUCAACCAGGAAUGUAGUAUUUAUUUUUAAUUUUUAAACUAUAGUAGAGUCGCUAAUUCAGACUUGAUAUAGAUCUGAAUAUCUGAUGUAGCGAGGUCUGGAAUAGCGAAACUUCACUAUAUCAUAGGUAUUAUUAUUUAGACUAAUGACAAUGCGCUUUGACACAAUGUAAACUUAUCCGUCCAUUUUGUGUUCAAAUGUUUUGAAUUGUUGACAAUUAAUCAGUAUUUUUUUUUAAUCAUAAGUAUUAUUUAUCAUUUUUAUACUUGAAUACAUUUUAUAUCAUUAUU